CGCGCAGGCGCGGCGCCCCGGCUUCAGUGACGUUUCAGCCGUCGGCCGGGACGCACGCGUGGCGCCACCUCGCGGCCGCGAUACAACUAAAAUUUCAAAUAUGGAAAUCCUGGCUCGACUGCGGGCGCCGCGUUCGAAACUGCCGUGACCGCGUUCCGUGUCCGAAAGUGAGUUUUUCAAGUGCAGUUUUUGAAGUGACGAUUUAGUGCAUCGAUUUUUUCUGAAUUUUUAAUGUUGACCGGCAGUGCGGCUGUGGCGUACGGAGCGGAAUUAAAUAUAUUUGAACACGAAGGCGCCGCAAUGAAAGUCCCUGUGAGGAUUUCACAGGAUUCGCUAUUAAGAUUUUAAGCCCCGGGCAGCAGAUGGCAUGCGCGCGCGGCGGGGGCGGGCGCGGCGGCGCGAGUGCGGCCGCGUGGCGGUGACGCGGCGCCGCGGGCAGAGCCGAGCGCCGGGGCCGGCGCCAGGGACUGAGCGGGGGGCUCCAGCAAGAUGAACCUCCUAAACAUGGACGCGGAAAACCGCGUCGUCCUCAACGUGGGCGGCAUCCGACACGAGACGUACAAGGCGACGCUGAAGAAGAUCCCGGCGACGCGGCUGUCGCGGCUCACGGAGGCGCUGGCCAACUACGACCCGGUGCUCAACGAGUACUUCUUCGACCGGCACCCGGGCGUGUUCGCGCAGGUGCUGAAUUACUACAGGACGGGCAAGCUGCACUACCCGACGGACGUGUGCGGGCCGCUGUUCGAGGAGGAGCUGGAGUUCUGGGGGCUGGAUGCCAACCAGGUGGAGCCGUGCUGCUGGAUGACCUACACACAGCAUCGAGACACCCAAGAGACCCUCGCAGUCCUGGACCGUCUGGACCUGGACACGGAGAAGCCCUCAGACGAGGAGGUGGCCCGCAAGUUCGGCUUCGAGGAGGACUACUACAAGGGCACCGUGUCCUGGUGGCAGCACCUCAAGCCGCAGAUGUGGUCGCUGUUCGACGAGCCCUAUAGCUCUAAUGCUGCUAAGAUAAUCGGGGUCAUAUCAGUGUUUUUCAUAUGCGUCUCCAUCAUAUCGUUCUGUUUAAAAACGCAUCCGGACAUGAGAGUGCCAGUGAUACGGAACUACACAGUGACGACGGCCAACCAGACGCAGAGCUGGGCGUUGGACAAAGUGCAAACAAACGCCCACGUGGCCUUCUUUUACAUAGAGUGUGUGUGCAACGCGUGGUUCACGCUCGAGAUCCUCGUGCGGUUCAUAUCCUCCCCAAACAAGUGCGAGUUCAUCAAGUCCUCGGUGAACAUCAUCGACUACGUGGCCACCAUGAGCUUCUACAUCGACCUCACGCUGCAGAAGUACGCGUCGCACGUCGAGAACGCCGACAUUCUCGAGUUCUUCUCGAUCAUUAGGAUCAUGAGACUGUUCAAGCUGACCAGGCAUUCGUCUGGUCUGAAAAUUUUGAUUCAAACGUUCAGAGCGUCAGCUAAAGAGUUGACGCUGUUAGUGUUUUUCCUGGUGCUCGGGAUUGUGAUCUUCGCGAGUCUGGUGUACUACGCGGAGAGGAUACAGACGAACCCUCACAACGACUUCAACAGCAUACCGCUGGGGCUGUGGUGGGCGCUGGUCACCAUGACAACCGUCGGUUAUGGCGACAUGGCGCCCAAGACCUACGUUGGGAUGUUCGUCGGCGCCUUGUGUGCUUUGGCUGGCGUGCUGACGAUAGCCCUCCCAGUGCCGGUUAUAGUGUCGAACUUCGCGAUGUACUACUCACACACGCAGGCGCGCGCCAAGCUGCCCAAGAAGCGGCGGAGAGUCAUCAACGUGGAGCCCACCCGGCCGCCUAUACGUGCCCCGGGCGCCCCAGGGGCCCCGGGAACGGGCCCGGUCCCACCGGGCGUCGGCCAGCAAGCCGUCAACCGACGGAUGAACGCAAUCAAGACAAACCACCCCAAGGACAUGAUGGGACCUAACAUGGGUAAUCACCAAACACCGGCACAGAACACAGGCAACACAAAUUCAUCGGCCGAAGUGAUAAAGUCAAUAAGCAACACUGCGGUACACAUUGUGCUAUAGACAAACACACAUCCGCUAAAAUAACAAAUUAAUUACCAAUACUAACACCCUUAUCACAAUGGCUUUUAAGCCGAAUGCAACCAAUUAAAAGUUUUCUGCUUGAAAUUCUCGAGCGUAAGUUAGUCUCAAAUUCAAAAUUGUAUUCAAAGUACCACAUUUGGUCAUAUUACUUAAUUGUGAUUUAUUUGUUCCCGUAUACUGGCCAAUUUGCUAUACAAAGUAAUUGGUAUUUUUUAUUGGUUCAAUUUUAUCUUAGCGAUAAAGACUUUAUGAUUGUUACUUGUCCCGCCAUAGUAUUUUUACAUAUUUUGAUCGGGGCUAAAUCAGUUUGUGUUUUUUCAAGAUUUGGAAUUCCUUAGUACCUUGGAUGUUGUAUACUGUGCUGUCUUCGUUUUAUAUAUUAUGUGUUGUCGUAGAUGUAAUUUCUUAUAUUUUAUUUUAUUUUUUAUUUAAUUACCUUUCUAUUUAGGUUUUAUCACUACACUAACACAAAUCCAAAUUCGUUCUCUAACGAUAAUUACCAUAAUGUUUUUCUUAUAGAUUUGAACUAAUCAAGCAUGCGUUUGCCCAUCUAUUGAUGUUAGCCAAUGUUUUCCUUUUACAAACUAUUAACCUCACUGUUAACCAAUAUCAUUCUUUAAUAUCCUUAUUAUCCU